AUGUUUGGUUCUCGAGCUAAGCACUUGUGUCGUCCAGACCAGAGGAAUGCUCUUUGGGAGUUCAAGAACGAGUUCUAUGUCGAGGAGUCGUUGCAGUACGAGUUGUGGAGGAACAACACUGAUUGCUGUUAUUGGGACGGUAUCUCUUGUGAUCCUAAGACCGGUAAGGUGGUUCUGCUAGACCUCAAGGGCAGUGCUCUCAAUGGCCCUUUGAGAUCUAAUAGUAGUUUGUUUAGACUACAACAUCUUCACAACCUGUAUCUUUCAUACAAUUAUUUUUCGGGUACUCUACCACAUUCCAUCGGCAACCUCAAGUAUUUGAGGGUUUUGAGCCUUCGUGAAUGCAAUCUCUUUGGAAAGAUUCCUUCUUCACUUGGAAAUCUUUCUUACCUCACUGAUCUUGAUCUUUCUUUUAAUAGCUUCUCCGGGGAACUACCAGAUUCGAUGAGCAACCUAAACCGGCUAAGAUAUUUGAAAAUUGUAUCGACCAAGCUCAGUGGCAACUUUCCUCAUGUGCUACUUAACUGGACCGAGCUCACCUCGCUCGACAUUCGUUCUAACCAGUUCGAAGGUAUGCUCCCAUGUAACAUGAGUACACUCACCAAACUGGAGGAUUUUGAGAUCAACGAAAAUCUGUUUUCGGGAUCAAUUCCUUCAUCUCUCUUCAUGAUACCUUCGUUGAUCCAACUUGACCUAGGAAGAAACGACUUCAGUGGUCCUCUUGAGAUUGGAAAUAUCUCUUUUGCAUCUAAACUUAAAGUCUUAUUCCUUGGAGAAAACAAUUUCAAUGGACCAAUCCCGGGAUCUAUAUCGAAACUAGUCAAUCUUUCUUAUCUUGACCUCUCUUUAUGGAACAGAGGGAGGGGCAUUGUCGAUUUCAGUAUCUUCUUGCGUCUCAAGUCACUUACGUUCCUUGACCUAUCUUAUAUUAACACAAGAAGCAUGGUUGACACGAGUGUUUUCUCACAUCUUCUCAUGUCACUUGAUUAUUUGGAUCUUUCAGGGAUUAAUCUGAAGAUCAAUUCAACUCUGCAUAUUUCCUCAUCCAUAUCCACCUUGAGUUUAUCUUCCUGCAAUAUUGUUGAGUUUCCCAAUGGUUUUGGAGGAUCAGCGAGUGUUAUUCAAAGAAGUGAACUACAAAUGCUUGAUAUAAGUUCAAACACAUUCCAUGAUCUUCCUUUGUUACCAAACUCUACAAAGUUCUUUUUCGGCUCUGCUAAUCAGUUUUCAGGAGAGAUUCCUAGGGCAGUGUGCAAAUUGGUUUCUCUUGACACACUUGUUUUAUCCAACAACAACUUCAGCGGUUCGAUUCCACGGUGUUUUAAAUACUUCACUCGUAUUUCAGUCCUGCAUCUUCAGAAUAACACCCUUUCUGGUAUUCUUGCAGAGGGAUCUAUCAGUGAUUACUUGAGAUCACUUAAUGUUGGUCACAACAAGUUAUCAGGAGAUCUUCCCAAGUCUCUUGUCAAUUGUACUGAACUCGAGUUUCUGAACGUGGAAAACAACAGAAUCAGUGACACAUUUCCAUUCUGGUUGGGAUCGUUGCCCGAUUUACAGAUUCUUGUCCUUCGUUCUAACGAAUUCUAUGGACCAAUAUCUUCUCCUGGAGAUUCUUUGAGUUUCCCUAAGCUGCGACUCUUUGACAUUUCAGAUAACCGCUUCACUGGAGUCUUGCCAUCAGAUUACUUUGCGCUUUGGAGUGCAAUGUCAUUGGUCGUGGACAUUGUAGAAUAUCAUACGCAGAUCAAGUAUUUAAAACAGUUAGUCAUUAUCGAUGAUAUGCCGAGUAGGUAUGCGGAACGUAACGCUGGAAACUAUCAUAACUCAGUGACUAUGACGGCCAAAGGAUUGAAGAUGGUUCUAGUUGGGAGUGGUUUCACAAUCUUCAAAACCAUCGAUGUCCCUGGAAUCAGAUAUGAAGGAGAGGUCCCUGAAUCCAUCGGUUUACUCAAGGAACUGAUUGUGCUCAACAUGUCAAACAACGCUUUCGUAGGCCGUAUCCCACCAUCUCUGUCGAACUUGACCAAUCUUGAAUCAUUAGAUCUAUCUCAAAACAAAUUAUCCGGCAGAAUCCCACCAGAACUAGGGACACUCACGUUUCUAGAGCGGAUGAACUUCUCUUACAACAGGCUUGAAGGUGCAAUACCACAAGGCACUCAGUUUCAAAGCCAGAAUAGUUCUUCAUUCGCAGAGAAUCCCAGACUUUGCGGUCUUCUUCUCCAAAAAACCUGCAGCAGAGAAGAAGCAACAAAGCAAGAUGAUGAUGAUGAAAAGGAAGAAGACGGUAUUGAGCUGGACAGCAGCAGCUAUAGGCUAUGUACCUGGUGUUGUGUGUGGUGUCACCAUAGGCCACAUUCUAAUUUCAUGUACUGGUUCAUGAGAAUCUUUCACUCUUUUACUUAA